AUGCAAUGGUCUGUGCUAUUGGAUUUCCGGGCAGAAAUCACACAGCGAGUCCCUUCGUGGAGAGAUUUCCCAGACUAUGAGCUGGAAUUGGUUAGAAAUGUAUGCCACUUCGCGUGCCGGAUCUGCGAUGAUACCGACCUUGCUGCCCUGACCUUGUGCUACAACUUGCUGACAAAUCUGCGGUUCCAAAACUUAGAUGCCGUUGACCCUUGGGAAGCCAUGCCUGAGUCCAGCCUGACCUUUACUGGCGUGUUCAACCGUUCAGACGGCUUCGAGAUUGUGCCGCUUUAUAUGCGGUUCAACCUGUUUUGUGAACCAGAAGUUCCAGAAGUGCUUGCAGGCCACAUGGCGGAACUUUUUUCUGCGAUAGGCGAAAUGCCAGUGAUGCUUCUGGCAGCUGGGAAGAUCAAUGAUGGCAGGCGUCCUGAAAGUGAUGUUCAAGGACGCCUCCUGGACAACAACCAGCGCUGCAGAGGUUUUCUGAAGGCAGGCGUCCUGAAGUUCAGAAAGUCAAGGCGUCCUGAAUGUGAUGUUCAAGGGCGCCUCCUGGACAACAACCAGCGCUGCAGAGGUUUUCUGAAGGCAGCGGUUCUCACUGCACUUGGGACUUUCGACGAUGCAGCUCACCAAGCCAGAUGCACUUUCAGAACAUGUUCCCGGUGCAAGUUUAUCGGGAACCGAGAGCGGUGGCUGAAGCAAUGCCCCUGGCUGGACUCCAAGUACGAUGUUGAUAGCAAGCAGUGGGGCGUGGGCUGCAAAGUUUGCUCGGAAGCGCUGUCCCGAAGGCCAGAGAUGAUGAAGAAGUUCAGUCACCACAGGCAUCACUUUGCCAAGUACGAGGUUCGGGACAACAACUUGGUGUUGGACCGUUUCAAGAAACACCAGAAGAGUCCAGCCCACCGGACUGCUGCUCAAAUUCUGGACCCUGCAAGCAAAGCUGAAUUUCUAGAUGAAGGCGGGUUCACUCCAACGACUCAAGAAUGGAUGUCAGUGCUGACGCACACAGAGCCUGGAAGGCUAGUCCUGAGUGUUCCAGAUGUGGGUAGCAGCAAGAAAUGCCAAAUGAUGCGUUACUGUCUUGCAGAGGCACAACAGGCAACGCAACGAGAGUUUUUGGCGAACGCUGUUUGCGUGUCAUUGCAGCAAGAUGCCCGUGGAAAUCGUUUUCUUGUGCGCUUCAAAGCCUGCGAUGAAAACUUGGAAGUCAGACAAGGCGUGCUCCAUUUGCAGAAAGCUGUGUCAACGGUGGAUUUGCCUGGCGCCGUCGGGAUCAGACAGGCGACCAUGAGGGCAUUGAAGGAAUUCUUCACGACGGCAGCUCCACCUUCAUAUGGAGGGCUUGUCACGAAUGAUCCCAAGCCUCAUUUCCACGAGGAUCUUCUCCUCAAGGUCAUUGACAAGAUUGAAGUGUUGGCCGCGGAUGGGGCGGCAGAUGAGCAGCUCGCUUUGCGUGAGAUGGCUGGAAUGGCGGGCCCGAACAUGGUGCAGUUGAAAGACACCAUGACGCAGGUCUUCCCAAAGCUCAAGGUGGUGGCCAAAGACCGCUGCCACGCUGCGCAGAGGAUGCUGUCACGUCCCUGGUGCGCUGAUGCCUUCUUGAAAGACAUUAUUGUCCAACUGGUGGAAAAACCUCAUUCUGUUGCAAGGCUGAUUGUGAAUUUCUCAGGCAUCAAAGAGUUGUACAAUGAUUUCAGAUCAAAGACAACAGAGCCCGUGAAAAUUAGCAAAGCAAUCAAAGACUUGGCAUUCGCACCUCAGCGAUAUUCAUCCGAAGCCAAAGUUUUGGCCCGGUUGGUAUUGACCUGGGACAGUUGCCUUGCCAUUCUCACAUCUGUUCCAACCAUGCGGGGGCCAAGAAGUCCCGAGGGAGCAGCUUGUUUGGAGACAUUGCGGUUCCUGGACAACGAAAAAAUGCUUCAGCUUGGUAUGUUAGCAGAUUCAGCUCUCGAAUUGCACCGCGUUGUCAAAGACCUGGACUCUGACAACUUUGAUGAAGCUGAGUUCCCCGCUGAAUUGGAUCUCUACAAGCAAAUUCUCAACAAGCUCUCUGUUGAUGGCUUGUGUUUGACUGUUCCUGGCAUGACCAAGCUGAUGCUGGGGUAUUUGCAGCAGCCGCGCAGCGUGCUUGUUGCAGAUGUGGCCAAAACUUUGGGCGGCAACGCAGAAGAUCCAGUCAUGAGGCACCAGUGUCUGAAGCGCAUGGCGGCAUACACGGUGGUAGCAGAGGCUGUCAUGAACGGCGAAUUUCCCAGCUUUGAACUGAUGGGCUGCUUCAAGGUCUUCAGCGUGUCUGAUGAAGCCAAAUCCAAACAGCGGAGUCAGAGCGGUGAAUUGCAAAAUUGUUUGCAGCGCUUGGCUCAAGUGAUCAAUGUGUGCCCUGCAACCCUGCAGUAUGAGUUCCAGAACUUCUACCCCCUCGCUGCAAAGUACGGCAAGCAGGGCCUUCGCACGUUUGAAGCCUGGAAAAAAGCCAUUGAGGUGACUGCCAAGAGAAGAGCAUCUCACAGUACGGAUGCGCUACUGCCUGUCCUGGCACGUCUUGGGGCAUGGUCUUGCUCAUCUUCGUCUGUGGAGAGAGGCUUCGGAAUUGCUCUGGCUUCCAAGCAGCUAGGCCAAGGCCAAGAUGAGCACCUUCCAUCUGAGGAAUCCGUGUUGAUCAUCCAGCAAGACAUCUUGCAGGGCUCGGCGGCUCAAGACCGAGACUUCCGACAGGUCAUCUUCAAGGCCAAGACUAUUUGGGCAAGCUCCUGCGCAAGAGUGCGUGCAAGUGGCGAUACCAAGCGCAAGACUCGGUGGGACAAGGAUGAGAUCCGCCAAUACAUUGGGGAAAAUCAAAAACAAUUGAAAGAAAUUGCUUUCAAUGAAGACAAGAAACGCAAGGUCCUGGUGGACGAAGCUCUGCUCAAGACCUUGAGGCCUGAUGACAUGACCCCAGAGGUCCAGAACGUUGUGCAGCGGGAGGUCGCCAAAAUGGCCAAGAACCAAAGGGAAAGAACCAAUGAGCAAGUUCUGCAGCAGAAGCGUGUGACGCAGAAGCAGGUAGCUUGGCGCGACGAUGUCCUGGUCUACGGCCCCAACCGGAAUGUAGCAAUCCAUGCUGCUCGUGUGUUUGUAGCAGAUGAUCCUCACCAGUGCAAUGUCUACAUGAAAUUUUUCGCUGGAGCCUUGGGUGGCUUGGUUGCGAACAACAUGUUUGUGGACACCAAAGGUGAGAAGGGCAUUUGCGUGGCCUUCAAAGCUGCCAUCUCGAUCAUCAGGCGGGUGUUCGUUAGCCCUCAGUUCAUGGCAGCCAACGUCAAUUUCUGUCAAGACCUGCUGGAAGUGCUGAAGCUAGCGGAUUGCAAGUGGCAGCUGCUGAGGAGAGAUGAGCUGGACAAGGAAAUCCAGCGACUUAAUCCCAGCCGGGCCCGGCAGCUGAUCAUUUUCCAUGCGCCUGCAGAGCAUGGCUUUCCUCAGAACGUUCAUUGCUUUUCUGCGCUUGAUGCUGCAGUUGGUGAUCCAGUUAUUUGUACAGUGGACCAGCAGCCGACUGGGAUAGCCUUUGCCCACCAGAUGGCCACAGCCAUGGUCCGCACAGUCGCCUUCCUAGCCGUGAUGAUGGUCCUGGUGAUGGCAGGCAGUGAUGAUGCACCGCCCCGGCCUCUGCUCGGCAGGGUGUUCGGUGCUGUAAUGUGCGCAGCAGCGCCAACUCGCCCACCAGUGGUGCCUGCGCCAGGGGUAGUCCCUAUGGCAGGACCAGCAGUUCCAAUGGGGCCAGCAGUUCCAGCCGGCGUCCUGCCAGCAGGACCAGCAGUUCCAGUGGGGCCAGCAGUUCCACUGGGACCCGGAAUGGUGCCAACUGGGCCUGCUCUGCCAGUAGCGCAUAUGGCUCCGACUGCGCCGAUGAUGCCAGGUGGAGCUGCGCCAAUGACGAUGACGCAUGGAGUAUGGCAAGGAGUUCCAAUUGGGCCUCCUCACCAUUAUCCUUCGCAUCUGUUUGGUGCGCCAGGAUGCGGCCAUGCGAUGACUGGUGGCGCCGGAAUGCCCGGCCAUUGCCCAGCUGCUGUGCCGCCUGACCGCUCCACAGGGACCACGCCUGCUGCUGGAGCGCCUGGUGCAGAUGCUGUGGCAAAGGCAUCUAGUAAGGCAUGA